GAAGGGGUUAUCUCAGAGCCCAAAAGAGUGCCCCCAAGAGUCUAGCAACCUGGUCUCAGACAUGGUCAGUUGCCUGCCUUGGAGGGAGAGGCUGGUCACCAGUCCGCAGCUCAGCUAAGAAGAGGGCAGGGUCCCUUUAAACCCAGUCUCACUCCCUCAGCUUGUUACUAUGUAUGGAGUCAAGUGCCUUAGCAACCACCUAGCCUCUUAAAGAGCCCCUACAGGCAGUGGUUGCUACCAGCCAUGGCUCCCAAAAAGAAGGCAAGCAAGGGGGGCAAGGAGCUCGAGAUCAAGAAGAAGAAAGGGGGGAAGAAGGAUCCCAACACAGCCAACAUGGAACCGGUUUUCGACACGGAGACCCGGGAGUUCUACCACAUCCAGAUCCGAGACCUGGAAGACAGGCUGGCCCGGUACCAGCGGAAGUGGGAUGAGCUGUCUGUGCAGGAGAAGCUGUUCCGCCAGGAGUUCGAACAGCUGGCCAACAACAAGAAGGAGAUCGUGGCCUUCCUCAAGCGUACGCUCAACCAGCGGGUGGAUGAGAUCACCGACCUCAAUGAGCAGCUCCAAAGCCUGCAGCUGGCCAAGGAGAUGGAGAAGGAUGCCUUCGAGGCCCAGCUAGCCCAGGUGCGCCACGAGUUCCAGGAGACCAAGGACCAGCUCACCACGGAGAACAUCAUCCUUGGGGGAAAGCUGGCAGCCUUGGAGGAGUUCCGGCUGCAGAAAGAGGAGCUCACGGACAAGUUCACGACCCUGGAGGACCAGCUGCAGAAGCAGGAAAACAACUACAAGGACUAUGUAUACAACUUGGAGAAGAAGUCCGUGCUGGACAAGGACAGACUAAAGAAGGAGAUCAUCCAGCGCGUGAACGUGGUGGCCAAUGAGUUCCGCAAGGUAGCCAGCAGUCAGAUGUGGGAGACCACAAAGCGGGCCAUCCAGGAGAACAGCACCAUUUCCAUACAGCUGUCCAAGCUGUCCCGGCACGGCAUGCAGCUGCUGCAAGAGAACGAACAGCUCCAGGGCAUCCAAGGCACCCUGUACAAACAGGUGGAGCUGCUGGAAGACACCCAGAAGGUCAUGGCCAGGCAAAGCAGAGGUCACCAGAAGAUCAUCUUCAUGCUGACUGAGAAGUGUCGCCAGCAGCAACAGGGCACAGCAGAGGUGAGAAAGCUGCACCGACUGCUGGGUCACCUGGAGCAGAAGGUCCAGCAACUGCAGAAGGACAACCAGGCACUGAGGAGCCAGAAAGAGCAGCUGAACCUGCAAAUGGAGCAGCAGCAGGCCAAGGUGCAGCAGCUGCAGCAGGAGCUGACCCAAGAGCAGAAGGUUCGGGCUAGCCUGGAGAUGACCCUGAACCAGGCCACCUCCUUUCUACAGGACAUUGUGCAGAUGCACUCAGAAGAGCAGGAGAAUGGGGACUUCGAUGUGGUCUUCCAGCUGCAGCGUAAAGAGAUGCUGCAGCAGCUGCUGGCCAUGCUCAGCUCAUCCAUAGCCCUGAACCCACAGAUGGCUGUGUAUUCCCACUGGGAGGCCCAUCUCCAAGGCCUACCCACGGAGAGCCUGCCCAGCACCCAACUACCCAAGAUGGGGUCUCUGCUGCAGCAGCUGUCUGGCAUCACCCCUUACCAGCCAGGGGACCUGGGCCUGGUGCCGCGCCGGACCCACAUCCCGCCCAACCCUCAGGACCUCAGGCUGCUUUCACACACCAGCCGCGUAGGAACCCUCCAGGCAUACAGCAACCCUGAGGUGAGGGUGCCAGGGGCCCCAGGUGCAGCCAGCCCUGAGCGUGAAUCAGGACUCUGCCACACCGCAGCUGUGUGA